AUGCUGGUGCGUCCCGCCUCCCUCCGUAGCCGCUUCGCCCGGCUGCGCGCGCCAAUUGCCCGGCCCGCCGCCGCCAUCGCCGGUGAUGCGGCCGCGCUGCUUCUCCGGUGUCGGGCUCAGGCGAGGCGCGCGUUGCACGACGAUGUUGCGCGUAGGAAUCACUACGACCGGCUGAAUGUCCGGCUCGAUGCCACGCCGGCUGAGAUAAAGAAAUCCUUCUACUCCCUCUCCAAGAGUCACCACCCCGACGCCAACCCGUCCGAUCCCAAUGCCUCGCACACAUUCUCGCUCAUUUCGGAGUCCUACUCGGUGCUCUCGGACACGUCCCGCCGCGCCGCCUACGACCGCGACGUCCUCCGCCUCCAGCACCACGCUCCCGGCCACGCCCACCCCGGAAACCCGCGCGCCUCGUACCACAGCACCAACAACCCCGCCGGCGGCCGGUCGCCCUCCGGUCUGAGCCGGCGCCGCGGGACCUUCCGCGGGCCGCCGCCCAGCUUCUACCGCAGCGGCGGCUGGGGCGGCCAGACGGAGAAGCGCCGCAAUGCCCACGAGGAGUCAACCGGCACGGGGCAGGGCGCCGAACCGGACUCCGGCGCUGCGAGCCCCGGCGCCAACCGGGGGCCGUGGGCCGACCCUUUUGCAUACCAGCAGACUCACACGCACACGCACAACCAUAAUCACACCCAUACCCACUCCCAUACCCAUGCUCACGCACACCCUUACGCGCAGUAUUCGCGGCACGGGGGCAUGGGCCCUGGCGACGAUCCAUUCGGACACCAGGAAGAGGUGCCGCACUUUGACAAGCACGGGCACACACGGACUCACCAGCGCGAGGACCGGCGGCGGUGGCAACGGGACCGGCGAGCUGUGGGUGACGAUGACAUUGAGUUUGAACCGCAAACGAGCAUGGCAGGCCACUUCUUCAUCAUCUCGGGUAUUCUAGCUACCACCAUCCUCGCACCGCUCGUGUACAUUCAGUUCAUGCAGCUAGGUCGUAAGAGCAAAGAACGAGACUGA